UUCAGUGAACUCUAAAUUACAAAAUUAUCAUUGAACUUGUAAUCUAAGCAGAUUUGUUGUUUCAGAACCCUCACAAGACCAUCAAAGGCUUUUUUUCUGGACAGAGGGGAGGAGUAAAGAGUCAUCAUGAGUGGGGACGCGGAAAUGGAGUGUUUUGGCGCGGCGGCCAUUUACCUCCGCAAGCCGGAAAAGGAGAGAAUUGAGGCUCAAAACACCCCGUUUGAUGCCAAAACUGCAUAUUAUGUGACUGAACCCGCCGAGAUGUACCUCAAGGGAAAACUGAUCAAGAGGGAAGGUGGCAAAGCCACAGUGGAGACGCUGUGUGGGAAGACUCUCACGGUGAAGGAAGAUGAAAUCUUCCCCAUGAACCCCCCAAAGUUUGACAAGAUUGAGGACAUGGCCAUGAUGACCCACCUCAACGAGCCUACUGUGCUGUAUAACCUCAAAGAGCGUUAUGCAGCAUGGAUGAUCUAUACCUACUCAGGGCUGUUCUGCGUCACUGUGAACCCCUACAAGUGGCUGCCAGUGUAUGAUUCAUCUGUAGUGGCAGCAUACAGAGGAAAGAAGAGGAUUGAGGCUCCGCCCCACAUCUUCUCCAUCUCUGAUAAUGCCUAUCAGUUCAUGCUGCAAGACAGAGAAAACCAGUCCAUCCUGAUUACCGGAGAAUCUGGAGCAGGAAAAACUGUCAACACCAAACGUGUCAUCCAGUACUUUGCGACAAUCGCAGCAGUUGGUGGAAGCAAGAAAGCUGAGCCUGUUCCUGGCAAAAUGCAGGGGACACUGGAAGAUCAAAUCAUUGCAGCAAAUCCACUGCUGGAAGCUUACGGCAACGCCAAGACUGUGAGAAAUGACAAUUCCUCACGAUUUGGUAAAUUUAUCAGAAUUCACUUUGGGUCGACUGGAAAGCUCGCUUCUGCAGAUAUUGAAACGUAUCUGCUAGAGAAAUCUCGAGUGACAUUCCAGCUGUCUGCUGAGAGGAGCUACCACAUCUUCUAUCAGCUCCAAACGGGACACAAACCUGAGCUAAUAGAGGCUCUCCUCAUCACCACCAACCCGUACGACUAUCCCAUGAUCAGCCAGGGAGAAAUCACAGUCAAAAGUAUCAAUGACGUUGAAGAAUUCAUUGCGACUGAUACUGCCAUCGACAUCCUGGGAUUCACUGCAGAGGAGAAGAUGAGCAUUUACAAGCUGACUGGAGCUGUGAUGCAUCAUGGGAGCAUGAAGUUCAAGCAGAAGCAGCGUGAGGAGCAGGCUGAGCCUGAUGGCACUGAAGUUGCAGAUAAAAUCGCAUACCUGAUGGGCCUGAACUCAGCCGACCUGCUGAAGGCUCUGUGCUACCCGAGAGUCAAAGUGGGAAAUGAGUUUGUGACGAAGGGUCAGACCGUCCCACAGGUCAACAACGCUGUGUCGGCUCUCUGCAAGUCUGUCUAUGAGAAAAUGUUCUUGUGGAUGGUGGUCAGAAUCAAUGAGAUGCUGGAUACCAAGCAGCCCAGAAGCUUCUUCAUUGGCGUCUUGGACAUUGCUGGCUUUGAAAUCUUUGAUUACAACAGCUUGGAGCAGCUGUGCAUCAACUUCACCAACGAAAAACUGCAACAGUUCUUCAACCAUCACAUGUUCGUCCUGGAGCAAGAAGAGUAUAAGAAAGAGGGAAUUGAAUGGGAGUUCAUUGACUUUGGCAUGGACUUGGCUGCUUGCAUUGAGCUUAUUGAGAAGCCAAUGGGCAUCUUCUCCAUCCUGGAAGAGGAGUGUAUGUUCCCUAAGGCAACAGACACGACCUUCAAGAGCAAACUGUACGACCAGCAUCUGGGAAAAAGUGCUCCAUUCCAGAAACCCAAACCCGCCAAAGGCAAAGCUGAGGCCCAUUUCUCUCUGGUCCACUACGCUGGCACUGUGGACUAUAAUGUCACGGGCUGGCUGGACAAGAACAAGGACCCUCUGAACGACUCUGUGGUCCAGCUCUACCAGAAGGCUUCCACCAAACUCCUGGCUCACCUUUAUGCCACACAUGCCUCUGUUGAUGCUGAGAGUGGAGGUGGAAAGAAAGCUGGAAAGAAGAAGGGUGGCUCAUUCCAGACAGUGUCUGCAUUGUUCAGGGAGAAUCUGGGCAAGCUGAUGACGAACCUGAGGAGCACUCAUCCACAUUUUGUGCGCUGUUUGAUUCCAAAUGAAUCAAAGACUCCAGGUCUCAUGGAGAACUUCCUGGUCAUUCACCAGCUGAGGUGUAACGGCGUGCUGGAGGGCAUCAGGAUCUGCAGGAAAGGCUUCCCCAGCAGAAUCCUCUAUGGUGACUUCAAGCAGAGAUACAAAGUAUUGAAUGCCAGCGUCAUCCCUGAGGGGCAAUUUAUCGACAACAAGAAGGCCUCAGAGAAACUCUUGGGCUCCAUUGAAGUUGAUCACACUCAGUACAAAUUCGGACACACUAAGGUGUUCUUCAAAGCUGGUUUGCUUGGAACUCUGGAGGAGAUGAGAGACGAGAAACUGGCAGAGCUGGUCACAAUGACUCAAGCUCUCUGCAGAGGAUUUCUCAUGAGACGCGAGUUUGUCAAGAUGAUGGAAAGACGGGAUGCGAUUUACUCCAUCCAGUACAACAUUCGAGCAUUCAUGAAUGUCAAAACUUGGCCAUGGAUGAAACUGUAUUUCAAGAUCAAGCCUCUGCUGAAGAGUGCAGAGACCGAGAAGGAGAUGGCUCAGAUGAAAGAAACAUUUGAAAAGACCAAAGAAGAUCUAACCAAAGCUCUGGCUAAAAAGAAAGAGCUGGAGGAGAAGAUGGUUUCUCUGCUCCAGGAGAAGAAUGACCUGCUGUUACAAGUGCAGUCUGAGGGAGAAAAUCUGGCCGAUGCAGAGGAGAGGUGUGAGGGGCUCAUUAAAGCCAAAAUCCAGCUGGAGGCAAAGCUCAAAGAGACUGCCGAGAGACUGGAGGAUGAGGAGGAGAUCAACGCAGAGCUGACUGCAAAGAAGAGAAAGCUGGAGGACGAGUGCUCCGAGUUAAAAAAGGACAUUGAUGACUUGGAGCUCACUCUGGCCAAAGUGGAAAAGGAGAAACAUGCCACAGAGAACAAGGUCAAGAACCUCACAGAGGAGAUGGCUUCUCAGGAUGAGACCAUUGCCAAACUGACCAAAGAGAAGAAGGCCCUCCAAGAGGCCCAUCAGCAGACCCUGGAUGACCUGCAGGCAGAGGAAGACAAAGUCAACACUCUGACGAAGGCCAAGACCAAGCUGGAGCAGCAAGUGGAUGAUCUUGAAGGUUCACUGGAGCAGGAGAAGAAGCUCCGCAUGGACCUGGAGCGAGCUAAGAGGAAGCUAGAAGGAGAUCUGAAACUGGCCCAGGAGUCCAUAAUGGAUCUGGAGAAUGACAAGCAGCAGUCUGAGGAGAAAAUUAAGAAGAAGGACUUUGAGAUGAGCCAACUUCUUAGUAAGAUUGAGGACGAGCAGUCUCUGGGAAUUCAGCUGCAGAAGAAGAUAAAGGAGCUUCAGGCUCGCAUUGAGGAGCUGGAGGAAGAGAUCGAAGCAGAGCGAGCCGCUCGGGCCAAAGUGGAGAAGCAGAGGUCUGACCUCUCCAGGGAGCUGGAGGAGAUCAGCGAGCGCCUGGAAGAAGCUGGAGGAGCAACUGCAGCUCAGAUCGAGAUGAGCAAGAAGCGCGAGACUGAGUUUCAGAAGCUGCGGCGGGAUCUCGAAGAGGCCACGCUGCAGCAUGAAGCCACGGCAGCAGCUCUCCGCAAGAAGCAGGCCGACAGCGUGGCUGAGCUGGGAGAGCAGAUCGACAACCUGCAGAGAGUCAAGCAGAAGCUGGAGAAAGAAAAGAGUGAAUACAAGAUGGAGAUCGAUGACCUCAGCAGCAACAUGGAGGCCAUUGCCAAAGCAAAAGCAAACCUGGAGAAAAUGUGCAGGACCUUAGAGGAUCAGCUGAGUGAGCUCAAAUCCAAGAACGAUGAAAAUGUCCGUCAACUGAAUGACAUCAGUGCACAAAAGGCUCGACUUCAGACUGAAAACGGAGAAUUUGGUCGUCAGCUGGAGGAGAAGGAGGCACUCGUGUCUCAGCUGACCAGAGGCAAGCAGGCUUUCACUCAGCAGAUUGAAGAGUUGAAGAGACACAUCGAGGAGGAAGUGAAGGCCAAGAACGCUCUGGCUCACGCUGUCCAGUCAGCUCGUCAUGACUGUGAUCUGCUCAGAGAGCAGUAUGAGGAGGAGCAGGAGGCUAAAGCUGAGCUGCAGCGCGCCAUGUCCAAGGCUAACAGUGAGGUGGCUCAAUGGAGAACCAAAUAUGAGACCGACGCUAUUCAGCGCACUGAGGAGCUGGAGGAGGCAAAGAAAAAGCUGGCUCAGCGUCUUCAGGAUGCAGAGGAGUCCAUCGAGGCCGUGAACGCAAAAUGCGCCUCUCUAGAAAAGACUAAACAGAGGCUGCAGGCGGAAGUGGAGGAUCUGAUGAUCGACGUGGAGAGAGCUAAUGCUCUGGCUGCCAGUCUGGACAAGAAGCAGAGAAACUUUGAUAAGGUUCUUGCAGAAUGGAAGCAGAAGUACGAGGAGAGCCAGGCAGAGCUGGAAGGAGCUCAGAAGGAGGCUCGCUCACUGAGCACUGAGCUGUUCAAAAUGAAGAACUCGUAUGAAGAAGCCUUGGACCAACUGGAAACACUGAAAAGGGAAAACAAAAACCUGCAACAGGAAAUCUCAGACCUGAGUGAACAACUUGGUGAGACUGGUAAGACAAUCCAUGAGCUGGAAAAGGGGAAGAAGACUGUGGAAAGUGAGAAGUCAGAGAUCCAGACUGCUCUGGAGGAGGCAGAGGCUACGCUGGAGCACGAGGAGUCCAAGAUUCUCCGCGUUCAGCUUGAACUCACCCAAGUCAAGAGUGAAAUCGACAGGAAACUUGCAGAGAAGGACGAGGAGAUCGAGCAGAUCAAGAGGAACAGCCAGAGGGUGAUCGAGUCCAUGCAGAGCUCUCUGGAUUCUGAGGUCAGGAGCAGGAACGACGCCUUGAGAAUCAAGAAGAAGAUGGAAGGAGACCUCAACGAGAUGGAAAUCCAACUCAGCCACGCCAACCGGCAGGCCGCUGAAGCCCAGAAACAGCUGAGAAAUGUGCAGGGACACCUCAAGGACACCCAGCUCCAUCUUGAUGAUGCCAUCAGAGGCCAAGACGACAUGAGAGAGCAGGUUGCAAUGGUGGAGCGCAGGAACAACCUGAUGAUGGCUGAGAUCGAGGAGCUGAGAGCUGCUCUGGAGCAGACUGAGAGGAGCCGCAAAGUGGCUGAGCAGGAGCUUGUUGAUGCCAGCGAGCGUGUGGGACUCCUGCACUCUCAGAACACCAGCCUCAUCAACACCAAGAAGAAGCUGGAGGGUGACCUGGUUCAGAUUCAAGGCGAGGUGGAAGAUGCCGUCCAGGAAGCAAGAAAUGCUGAGGACAAAGCAAAGAAGGCAAUCACCGACGCUGCCAUGAUGGCAGAAGAGCUGAAGAAGGAGCAGGACACCAGUGCUCAUUUGGAGAGGAUGAAGAAGAACCUGGAGUGAAGUUGAUUCUGAGCAGCGCAGAGGAGCGGAUGCAAUUAAAGGCGUUCGAAAAUAUGAAAGAAGAGUGAAGGAGCUCACCUACCAGACUGAGGAGGACAAGAAGAACGUUGUCAGACUUCAGGACCUGGUGGACAAACUGCAGUUGAAAGUGAAGGCCUACAAGCGACAGGCUGAGGAAGCUGAGGAACAGGCCAACACUCACCUGACCAGGUACAGGAAGGUGCAGCACGAACUGGAAGAAGCCCAGGAGCGUGCUGACAUCGCUGAGUCGCAAGUCAACAAAUUGAGGGCCAAGAGCCGGGAAAUCGGAAAAGCAAAGGAGUCGGAAGAAUGAGAAGAAAUGUUAAUAGGAGAUAAAAUGAGAAUCAUAAAAUAUGACUUUUCAUUGUAAACUCCUAAUAAAUUAUUUGAACCUAUAA